AUGACUGUUCUUGGGAAUGACCUCCUCCUCUCAGUGAUUUACCUGGACAAGACUCUUCAUACUCCGAAAUACAUAAUUGUGUUCAACCUGGCUUUGACAGAUUUGUGUGGGAGCACUGCUUUCACCCCAAAAGUUGUGGUCACAUUUUUGUUUGACAACAGAUACAUUGUCUAUGAGGCUUGUUUAAGUCAUAUGUUCUUUGUUUUGUUCUUUGUAAGUAUGGAGUCAUGGACACUGAUUAUGGCAUAUGACAGAUUUAUAGCAAUUUGCUUCCCUUUAAGGUACCACAGUAUUGUGACUAAACCAAGUAUUGCUGUAAUGCUGCUGUUUACAUGGUUUUUUAAAUUGAGUCUAAUAACCUGCAUGGUUGGGCUAAUUGAUUGCCUCUCCUUCUGUGGAUCUUUUGUGAUACCGAACUUUUACUGUGAUUAUGGACCAGUAUAUAAUCUGGCCUGUAAUGACACAUCGUUAAAUGAUGUAAUGGUAUAUGUUGUCUUUAUUGUAAUCUUCUGUCUUCCUCCUAUAUUGAUAGCACUGACAUAUAUUUGCAUUGCCAUAGCACUGAGCAGGAUUGCAUCAGGACAGGAACGACUCAAAGCUUUGAAAACUUGUACUUCUCAUCUGAUGCUUGUGGCUGUUUUCUUCUUACCACUCUUGAGUGUCAACAUAGCUGCUCUCACCUCCCACAUUUACCCUUAUGCCAGGAUCAUUGACUCAAUUUCUACACCCACCAUAUCUCCUUUGCUCAAUCCUAUUAUUUACUCUUUAAAGACAGAAGUGCUGAACUUUAUCAGGAAACUUUUCAAAAACGUUAGACUUAGCAGCAAAACCUUUUCCAAAAAAAAACAUAAACCUGUGGGUCACUUUCACAUGAUAGUGCAGUGGGAAGAUGAUGGCUAUCAGUCUGUCAUAGGAGAGUGCAACCAG